CUCACAUGAGCAAGCUUCUCGGCUUUCACCGGAGGGGGGCCUGCCGCCUGGAUCUUCUCUGCUUUGUCAAAGGGCCGAAGGUAGACCUGGAUCUGGCCUCCUUCGCCACAACAAGAGAGUCAUGAAACUGAACCUCCUGCUCUUCUUGGCGGCGCUGAACAGUGGCAUCUCGACGUACCGGCCCAUGGAAACGUCACCCUGCGAUAUGAAAAACAUGGUGGCAUUUUGUCAGAGGAAAGGUUUUCGCCAGAUCCCUUCAGAACUUUACCCAAACAUCCAUAAACUCAACCUCUCUGAAAACAAACUUCAAAACAUCACCAAGAUGCCUUUGACCUUUUACACCUCCCUCCGCUAUCUCGACUUAAGUUCCAAUCGUAUCAGCUACAUAGAACCAGGAAUCUUCUCAGAUAUGAUGAGUUUGAUGGAGAUCAAUUUAGCCAACAACCAGCUCUAUCAGUUGGCUCAGCACAACCUUUGGGUCGGAUUACUACCCCAGGUCAGAAUACUAGACUUGUCUCACAACAGCCUGUACAACGGGAUGGCUCAACGGUUCCUCCACCAAGCGCCAUCGCUUGAGUAUCUUUCAUUGGCAGAGAACAGCAUCACAGAAAUAUCCUGGAGCACAUUUCAAGGGUCUCCAAGACUCAUUGAGGUGGACCUUCAUAGCAAUAUGAUCAUGGAGAUAGAAGAAGGUGCCUUUGAGAUGUUGUCCCAUCUCUCCACACUCAACCUCUCCAUGAACUCACUCACCUGUAUUGCUGGCUUCAGCCUGAAACAGCUGCAAGUCCUGGAUCUCAGCCAGAACAGUAUUGAGUCCUUCCAUUCUACCGAAUCGAAAGAGGAAUUCAACCUGGUUUGGCUAGACCUGAGCGAGAACAAGCUACUCCGGUUCCCGGUUCUCCCACAAGAGAAUAAGCUUGCCUACCUGAAUUUAUCAAAGAAUAUCAUGCAGUUUAUGGUGGACUCUCCUAGUGAUGAUUUAGACUAUGACUGGUUGGAUAUACCUUUUGAUCUUCAGGCUCUGAGUCCAAAGAACAACGAGAGCUCUCCCUCCUUGUCUCGGCUGUUGUAUUUGGACUUGAGUUUCAACGAGAUCAAAUCCCUGCCACCUGACUUCUUUGCAUCCAUGUCUGCUUUGCAGUUUCUGAACCUGAGCAAAAACUGCCUCCAGACAUUCACGGCGAGUUCCGAGCUAAUCUCGCUGGUCAUUCUCGACCUUAGUUCUAACUCUUUGCAGAACCUGGAACUGGAUGGCAACGCGCUGAGUAAUUUGCAAGAGCUCUAUCUUCAGGAGAACAAUCUCCGAGGGCUACGAUCGGACUUAUUUGCAAGCCUUCCGGAAAUCACUUUGCUCAACCUCCGAAGAAACCACCUCAGGCUCUGCAGUUUGUAUUCUGGGUUAGCCAGGCGAAGGCUUGCCGGCGAGGAAGACGGCUGCAUCUCGUUUGUCAACCUCCCCGAACUUCGGUAUUUGAUUCUAGCGGACAAUCAUUUGCAGAGCCUCCCGCUGUACGUUUUCCAACAGACCCCACUCACAUGGUUGGAUCUCUCUACCAAUAGGGGGCUUCGGAUCGAGGCCAAAUCUUUGUCAGGGUUGGAAAUCUCUCUCGAACAUUUGGAUUUACACAGUAAUGGCAUGACGACUUUAAAUAUCAAUCUGCCUCGUUUUACCCAUCUCAGGUAUCUAAAUUUGUCAGACAAUCAGCUCAGUUGGCUGCCCACUUGGUCAGAAGACUGUUGUGUCUUGGAAAUUCUGGACCUGCAGAAUAACAGCUUCGGCAGUCUAAAAAGCAGCGAGAUCCCAGCCUUAGAGAAAACCCUCCGGAAUUUGUACCUGGCGGGGAAUCCUCUCAGUUGCUGUGGAAACAUCUGGCUCUCUCACAUGAUCCACAGAGCGACCGUGGAGAUCCCCAACGUUGACCUCGUCAAAUGCCAGUACGCCAAGAGCUUUGGGUACGACGGAGAAAUGGCAAUGAGGAACAUAAGGGCCGAGGACUGCGAGAAAGAGGACCUGAAGAAAAUGAGCAUGCUGAUUUUGCUCGUGGCGGUGCUGGCCCUCUCACUGAUCGUCAUCGGGGUGGGCCUCUUCUGUUGCUAUCGCAGAUCCAGAUUCGGCAGGCAGUUUAAGGUCUAGACUGUUGGGCUGGGCGCCAGUUGAAGGCCGAGACUACGGGUGGGGUCACCACUGCCUUUACCAGGGUGCUGACAAACAACUGAACGGACACGCUGACUCCCGUUUGUGUUUGAAGGGAUGUGGAACUUAGGUCUUUGGCGGCAGAUCUACGGUGGGCUGUCCGCACGUGGAAGACUUUGGUGGAUGCGUGAAAAAGCCUCAAGGCCCUCCUUUGAAGGUUCCUUGGUUGUUGAAGGGCAAGCCCUGGGGCCUGCCGGAGCGGUGGCACCAUCAUAGAUGGACUUUAGUGUGAAAGUCUGGGGCUCCACAGGCCUCACUCGCCCUGGCUUAGCGGGGCCUCGCCCAAAAUGAGGGAAGUAGCAAGAGACCGGUGAGCUCCCCCCUCCCACAAAUUGCCUCCAUCCAAACCACCUGAGGUAACAGCUUUGAGGUAAACACAAACUCGGCUUGUACCAUCAGGAGCCCAUGGGCAGCACUUCCAGGACCAACCCAGCCAGCAGCAGUGCAGGAAGAGGAAGACAAAACACCCUGAGCAGGCCCUGACUCCACCAUGGAAACUCGCUGGGUGACCCCGGGCCAGCCGCUCUCUUUCAGCCUAACCCAAAGGGUUGUUGUGAGGAUAAAACAUGGGCGGGUGAUUGGUUGAGGGAUCGAGACGUAAAAUAGAAAUCAUAAUUUUUUUAAAAGCCUCUUUAUCUUCUUUUAUGUAAACAAAAUGCGGUUUGUCUUGUCUGUAAAGUCACACAGUGUUCUGGGAACGCCUCU